AUGGCGAGCCCCCAACAUGGCGAGGACGGCCGCGUCGACCCAAACUUAGUAGACUUUGACGACUAUGGCGACGCGGACCCGCAAGGCGCUGCGGACGUAGGAGGCGGAGGUAACGACAACGAUCACGGUAACGGUAACGAUAACGACGACGACGCGUACUACGAUGCGCGGCUCUUUGAGGACGAGGAGCCCGACGAGCGCGGCGGCAGGCGGCUCGUGAAAAAAGGCGGCGGCGGGGGGAGGGAAGACGAGGAGGAGCGGUGGGAAGAGGACGAGGGCGGAGAAGGAGUGGGGGGAGCGGACCCGUGGGACCGGAGGGAUAGGGGGAAAGGGGGGAAGCGGAAGAAGGGUAAGGAGGGGCGGAAAUCGGGGGGGAGGCUGACAAAGGUGAAGAGGCCACGAGGGGGUGAGGAGUGGGGCGGCGGCGGAGGCGGGGGAGGGUAUGAGGAAGGCGGGAGAGAGACGUGGGACCAAGGACCGGCGAAUUCCGAGGAGGACGUGGAGGGCGCGCGCACGGGCGAGGACGACGCGUUUAUCGACGACGCGGGCGUGCAUCCGGACGACAGGCAUGCGAUGGGGUACGACGAGUACGACGACCAGCGCAUCUCCCACGCGCCGCAGGCGGAGGAGGAGGACGAGGUGGGGCGGCUGUUCAAGGGCGGGAAGAAGCGGCGCAACGAGAUGAGCGACGGCGAGAAGGCGCUGUUUGUGGAGGAGUUCCACGCCAAGAUGCUCAAGGCCGCCGAGGACGACGCCACCGCCAACCGCCAGCACCGCCCCGCCAUUAACAAGCUCAGGAUGCUUCCCGAGAUGCUGAAUACUCUGCGCAAGAAGCACCUACAGCGCGAGUUCCUAGACCGCGGCGUGUUCUCGUACCUCAAGAACUGGCUGGAACCGCUGCCUGACCUGUCGCUGCCCAACAUCAAGAUCCGCACCAGCAUCCUCGAGCUCGUUAAAGAGUUACCAAUAGACGUGGGAGGCAGCCCGGAAAGGCGGAGACAGCUCAAGGAGAGCGGGUUGGGCCGGGUGGUGAUGUUUCUGUCCAAGCUGCCAGAAGAGACGGUGCAGAACAGAAAGCUCGCGAGGGAUCUGGUCGACAUGUGGUCACGGCCCAUAUUUGAGAAGAGCACACACUACCGUGACUUGAGGAACGACUAUGACCGACCCACACGCCCUCCACCUUCACAGAGGGAAGAUGCGUCAGCGCAUGUGUCGUCGCACUCGCGGCCUGACGACCUAGAUCUAGACAACGCCGGGGAGGCGAGGGGGGAGGCGGAGGAGGGGCCGGGGAAGAAGCGGGUGAUGACGCGCGUGCCACAGCCCAUGGCCAUGGACUUCCGAGUGCGCCCCGAGUCCAAGGUCACCGAGGAGAUGCUGGCUCGGCGCGGCCAAAAGGACGCCAGACACCAGAGCGUGACCAAGAAGCUCCAGAAGCUGAGGCAGAGCAAGAACAAGAACCUGCGUGCGGAGAAAGUUAGUGUUCAGGGCCGAGGCAUGGUCAAGUUUGUAUGA